AACCUCUGCAAAGUGCAUGGUGCAACGUACACAUCAUAAGUAAAUAGGUAGCGAUAACCUCUGCAAAGUGCAUGGUGCAACGUACACAUCAUAAGUACAGACACAUAUAUUUAUGGGAAUUUACAAUAGACAACGUAAAUAUUUAUACAUACAGAAUAAACACUACUCGUAUACACGCUCACUACAGAUCGACAAGUAGACGUAUAUACAACACCCACUAUGCCUGAGCUCAAGAAACACAAGCACUCUAAGAGAUCCGUGGAGAAAGUACGCAACAACAAGAAGAAAGCGGAACUAGCUUUGGUUGCUGCGCAAACACAUACCGAUGUAGAGCCACACGUGUCGACAUACAAUGGAAUACUCGAUGCGGGUGCAGAUUCCAGUGACGAGGAAAUAGGCGCUGGUAUAUCGCGAAACACAUUGGAUUCUAUCGUGAAGAUAUAUUGUACACAUUGUGACCCAAACUACAGUCUGCCAUGGCAGAUGAAACGACAGAAUUACAGCACAAGUAGUGGAUUUGUGAUUGCGGGACGACUGAUACUCACAAAUGCACACAGUGUGGAGAAUCACACAGUAGUGAAGAUCAAGAAAAGAGGGUCUGAUCAGAAGCACCUGGCCAGGGUUCUAAGUAUUGGCAACGAAUGCGAUUUGGCGCUGCUCACCGUCGACGAUGACAGUUUCUGGAGCUUCUCUUCGCCUCUUGAACCCGGGGCGUUGCCAUCAUUACAAGAUCCAGUGACUGUAGUGGGGUUUCCCAUCGGUGGUGAGAAUAUUUCGGUGACCAGUGGUGUUGUGUCCCGUGUCGAGAUGCAGCCGUACUGUCAUUCCCAGGCUGAGUUACUAGGUGUUCAGAUAGACGCAGCCAUAAACUCCGGUAACUCCGGUGGGCCCGUCCUCAAUGCGGCGUGGCAGUGUGUGGGUGUAGCUUUCCAGAGUCUCAACUCAGCCGAGGCUGAGAACAUAGGAUACAUUAUCCCGUGGAUAGUGGUGAUGCACUUCCUGGAUGAUUACAAGAAGAACAAGUGCUACACAGGCUUCUGCAGUACCGGCUUUGAGUGGCAGGGAAUGGAGAAUCCGUCUUUGCGCCAAUUUAUGAAAAUGGGUCCACAAACCGGUAUACUAGUUAAAUGGGUUGACCCGUUAUCCGAGGCGAAUACCAAAGCGGGUUUGAGGAAGGGGGAUGUCAUCACCAUGUUUGAUGACCACGGCAUUGCUAACGAUGGAACGGUGGCGUAUAGAGCUGGAGAGAGAAUAUCCUUCAACUACCUCAAAUCACUGAAGUUUGUUGGGGAUAACUGUACACUCACCAUCUGGCGAGACAACUCACUGCACAAGCUCACAUAUCCGCUGGGCACGAUUCAGACACCCCUCCUUGUGCCAAUGAGGGAGCACAGAAGAAUGCCGGAAUACAUCGUAGCCGCCGGGUUAGUGUUUGUCUGUCUCAGCGAGCCGUAUCUUCGUGCAGAGUUUGGUGAAGACUUCCAGGAACACGCACCCGUGAAGCUACUCGACAGAGUGUUGCACGGACGCAAGACCUUCAAGGACGAGCAAGUGGUUGUUCUCUCACAGAGUUUGGAUUGCCAGGUCAAUGUUGGCUGUCAGUACCUGUUGAACACACAACUGCUGAGGAUCAAUGGUACCUCCGUUCGGAAUUUACCGCACCUCGCUAAGCUGUAUGACGAGUGCAAGGACGAUUACAUCAAGCUGGACUUCGAGUACGACGAGGUGAUUGUGCUGAAACGUGACGAAGCGAUUGCAUGCAAUGCACAAGUAUUACUACAGCAUGGCAUUCCUAAGGCGCGGUCACUGGGCGCUAUCAAGACCGUCGAGUCAUCAACGGCAAAGAGCGAGACGGAUGACACAGCAACCGAAUCAAAAGCCAGCAAGAAGAGCAGCAAACAAAGCAGCAAGAAAAGUAAAAAGGUCAAGAAAAGCAAAAAGAGGAAGGCCGCAGACUCAGAUAGUGAAUAAAUAAUAAAGUCAAAAGUUAUUGAGC